AUGUCGCCUGAUGUCGACUCGUCGCGCGCCACGUUGCGGACGCUUCUCUACACAGCGUUGGCCGGCGUUGUGAUCUGGAGGUGGCACGCCACGCACCCGCCUGCGUCGCCUCCUCCUCCUUCCUCGGUGGCGCGCUUUGCGCAGUGCGAUGGCUCGUCACCCGUCCUUGUCGGCACGCACCACAAGUCGGGGACGGUAUUGCUCACGCACCUGCUCAGGGACGCGUGCAGAGCGCUCCGCUGGACGUGCGUGUUCAACCACGACGGCGGCCGUCACUGCGCCUCGGCCAGCGAGGCGCGCGUCCUCGGCGCCAGGAUCUGCUUCCUGCAGCACGGCAUCCGCUUCCAGGGCCUGGCGGCCGCGCCGCCUGGCGCCGAGGCCGAGGCGUACCGCUUCGUGCACGCGGUGCGCGACCCGCUCGAGCUGGUGCUGUCGGGCUACAGCUACCACCUGCGCACCACCGAGCGGUGGGCGAACCGCCCCGAGAGGCGCUGGAACGGCACCACGUACCGGCGGUACCUCAACGCGCUGCCACUCGAGGCGGGCCUGCUGGCUGAGAUGCGGCACUCGGCGCGCGACAACCUCAAGACGAUGCCGCGGCUGCACGCGCGGGUCGGCGCGCGGCCGUGCACGCUCACCCUGCGCUUCGAGGACUUUUCGCGCGACUGGGAGGGGACGCUCUCCUCGCUGUGGGCGCUGCUGGGCGUGAGGGAGGCGGCGCAGCUCGCGGCGCUCGCGCGUGUCUCGGAGAAGCACAACGUGUACCGCCACAACACGACGCGCGGCCGCCACGUCUCGAGCACGUCCUCGGACAGGCGCACGGCGAUGCGCCAGCUGCUCCGCCGCAACCGCGACGCAAUCGCGCGGAUACGAGAGGUGCGCCGCCAGAUCGGCUACCCGCGCGUUGGCCAGGAGGGAUCGGCGUGA